AUGCUUCUGCUCCGUUCACUGCGAGUGACCCCAUUGGGCGUCGCUAAGCCCCGCUCAAUUGCUGCAUUCUCCUCGUUCCAGACUGCUGCUCCUAGCACCGUCUCUCAGACUGCCCGAGCUUUCUCUCGACAGACCACCUCCCGUGUCGCCAACAAGAAGGUCAAUGUCAUGGCCCAGCUCAACAAGUUCUCCCGACAGUUCUCGUCCGGACGAACCGCCAGACAGGUGAAGAUGAACAACAAGGAAAACCCCAACCUGAAACAGAAGUACUCUCAGCAUGGACCCUUCUCCAUUGCCUGGAACGUGACUCCUCCCUGGAUCAAGUUCUUCGGCCUCGCUCUCUUCUUCUUCAACUGUGCCCUGUUCAUUACCAUGCCCAUUCUGUUCAUCAUUGUACCUCCCUUCCUUCUGCUCAUGCUGUGGUUCCGUUCUCGAAUCGCAUCUUCUCAGAUUGGUGUCAUGAACCAGCGAUGGGUCGGCAUGGCCCAGCAGUCUCUCGUCUACAAGACCAAGGGUCCCCUUGAUCUGCAGAAACUCAACCGAGUGUGCGUGAACCGAAUUCACCAGGCUAUCAACGAUGAUGAGCGAGAUAUCAAUUCUAUCCUUAAGGUAGACCCCUUUGCCAUGUCUCGAAACGGCCAGUCUCUGACCCUUGAUCCUACUGGACGAAUCUCCCAGUCUUCCAUGCUCUAUCCCCGACAGACUAAGAUUGAUACUGAGAACCCCUUUGACAACCUGCCCGGCCGAGAGGAGAUGAUUGCCUUCGAGGAGCUGCUGCUCGAUAAGUCCAUUGAGGGCAAGCCCAAGCAGCAGGUCAUUGGUGUUGUUGAUGUUGUUCUGACCCACGAUGCAUCCUUCGAUCCCUUUGCCUCCCACUACACUGAAGCUGACAACGAGUUCCACUACCGACUCGAGGUUCGACCCGCUAAGACUCUCUUCCCCGAGUCCAGUGACGUUGUUAUUCUAAGCGCCCCUGCCCCCAAGAACACGGAGAUGGAGGACGUCACUGACCACAUCAUCGACGUUGAUCCCGUCAGCAAGGAACACUUCGGCGACGACGACAAGAAGGCAAAGAAGGCCUAA